AUGUCAAGAAAUCAGUUAACUCAAGUGGUAAUAACACUACAGGAAACAGUAGUAAUAGUAAAUCCAGUAGUGGGAGUAAUGGCCGAUCUAACAACUUCAAUGGAUCACCAAGUAAUGUUGCAUCAGGUAGCAACAAUACCAAGUCUGCCAACGGUACCAACAACCGUUUUCAGAAGAACAAGAAGUAAACUUACCAGUAGGUGGACGUCUGUUCCACCACAAACAAGUUUGGAAAGAAUUGGGUCUUCUAAACUUUUGUCAAGAGGUCGUAAAUGGAUUAAAAGUCCAUCUACUUCCAAACUUCAAGCCGAUGCUAAACCCAAUUCCGAUUUCAAUUCCAGAGGGUCCGAAAUCAGAUUGCAUCACAAAGGAAGUACAAGACUUGUUAUUAGACGAUGCCAUCGAACAAGUACUUCCAAACCGUUAUUCAAAGCGCGUUUUUUACUCCAACGUGUUUACGGUUCCAAAACCUGGAACGAAUCUACAUCGUCCAGUUCUCGAUCUAAAAAGGUUAAACACUUACAUCAACAACCAAUCAUUCAAGAUGGAAGGAAUCAAGAAUCUACCGUCAAUGGUCAAACAAGGUUAUUACAUGGUAAAACUCGAUAUCAAGAAAGCCUACUCCACGUGUUAGUAGAUCCGCAAUACAGAGACUUAUUCCGCUUCUUGUGGAAAGGUUCGCAUUACCGUUGGAAAACAAUGUCGUUCGGGUUAUCGACAGCUCCUCGUAUCUUUACAAUGCUGUUAAGACCUGUACUUCGAAUGUUGAGAGAUAUCAAAGUAUCCGUCAUCGCUUACUUGGACGAUCUAUUAAUCGUCGGUUCAACAAAAGAAGAAUGUUUAUCCAACCUCAAAAAGACAAUGGACUUACUUGUCAAACUAGGUUUCAAGUUAAAUCUAGAAAAGAGUGUUCUCGAACCAACUCAAUCAAUUAAAAAUUUAAUUUAUUAA